CAUUUGCGCAAGCCCUAAGUUCUCUAUCUAGGUUUUUCCCGGGCAGCGCCCGAGUUCCAAGGAUUCCCCGGCGCUGCCACGGCAUGGAGCGCUCCAGGCAUUUGGAAAUCCUCCGCAAGGUGCAUUCUUCCUCUCCCCGCUAGGUCGCCGCCAUCGCCACAGCUCGCUGGAAUUGCCGUGAUCGUCCAGCUUCCGCGGCGAAAUCCACCGCGAAUCCACCGGAAGAAGGAAAUAUUCGAUCCUCGGACUCGGCUCGGCAAUUUCUUGGACUGGAUGCUGGAUUAUCACGGCCUCGCCACUCUUGCCACAUCCUCCGGGGCAAGGGACAAACGUAGAUGCAUGAGCGCGUGGAAGUGGAUGUUCCAGCGCUGCUGUUGACACUCGUGAUCGUCGCGCUGGUGAGCUUGGGUCUGAUCCACCAGGUGAGAAUCCGGGCAGCAAGGCAGAUCGAGCUCCAGCGGCUCCAGCAAAUUCUAGCGGCCGAGAACGAACAACACGAAAAGCUAGCCGAGCAGGAAUACACUUCCAUGUUGGCUACUCCGCGAAACUCUACCACCAUCUCGUCGCCGAAUCCACCACAGCAACAGCAACUAGCAGCCGCUAGCUUGUGUGCCGUCUGUGACAGCCCAACAAACAGUCGCUGCUCGCGUUGCAAAUCGAUUCACUACUGUUCUUCGAAGUGCCAAGUCACGCAUUGGAGGCAAGGUCACAAGAACGAAUGCCUUGUGGCGGGGGCGGAGAAACCCACGCCCAAGCCCAAGUCCGAGCCCAUCUCUUUGGCAGUUCCAGGAACCAAGAAGCUUAAGAACACCGAAGCUUCUCCUCGAGCUCAUGUUAUCAGUCCUAAGCCAGCACCAGCAGAAGUGGAGGUGAAGAAGUUGUGUUUGCAAACUUCCGAAUCUAAGUCGGACGAAUCCAACGUAACUUCUGAUGGGAGUCUUGUAAAGCCCAAAAAGAUACUAUUUCCGUAUGGUCGCUUCGUUCAUUACUUCAACUGGGAUUUUCGAAGGCCACCUUGCGGACUGAUAAACUGUGGAAACAGCUGCUUUGCGAACGUUAUACUUCAGUGUCUUUCUUACACAAGACCUUUAGCUGCAUAUUUACUUGAGGGAAGCCACCGUGCUGAAUGCCGUCGAAAUGAUUGGUGUUUUAUGUGUGAGCUUCAAGACCAUGCUUUGAGGGUCUUCAAUAGCGAGGUUCCUUUCUCGCCUUUUCGAAUUUUGUCACGCCUGCGGGACAUUGGUAAUCAUCUUGGCUAUGGACGUCAGGAGGAUGCGCAUGAAUUUAUGCGGUUCGCCGUGGAUUCGAUGCAGUCUAUAUGUCUCGAUCAGUUUGGCGGUGAAAAGCAAGUAGAUUCCCGUAGUCAAGAAACGACGUUGAUUCAGUACAUAUUUGGUGGCCAUCUUCAAUCACAGGUGAAAUGCAUGCAAUGCGGCCAUGAGUCUAAUCGCUACGAGAACAUGAUGGAUCUUGCCGUGGAAAUACAAGGUGCAGUUGAAUCAUUAGAAGAUGGACUCGCUCAGUUUACAGCCCCUGAAUGGCUAGACGGCGAAAACAAGUACAAAUGCGAUAGAUGCAACGGUUAUGUGAAGGCGAGCAAGCGUCUAAGUGUUUAUGAAGCUCCGAACAUUCUUACGAUCGCCUUGAAACGCUUCCAGUCCGGAAAGUUUGGGAAGCUAAACAAACGGGUCACCUUUCCGGAAGCCUUGAACAUUUCACCGUACAUGAGCGGAGAAGGAGACAAACCUCCCCUCUACAGACUGUAUGCGGUUGUUGUACAUGUCGACAUGCUAAACGCUUCUUUCUUUGGCCAUUACAUUUGUUAUGUUCGGGACAUGACAGGAACUUGGUAUAAAGUCGACGAUAGCAAGGUGAAAGAGGUUGAUACAGAGAAGGUGAUGUCUCAGAAAGCUUACAUGCUGAUGUACAGCAGAUCUUCAGCAAGACCCGGUCCGGAAACAGCUGUUGGCUCUGUGGCUUCAACUAUAACUGAUGUAUCGGUUUCAAAUGGGAGAAAGUGCUCGUCGUCCUCCUGCAAGUACCAGCAGAGUUCGUCAAUUGGACAAGUCCAUGAUCAAGUCCAUCGGGUUAGUCCGAUAAUAGCUGGAACUUUGAUCGAUAACUCGCUGGUAGAAGAAUCGGUUGGGCCCUCGUAUUCAACUUUGCAGACCACUACAAUCGAGAAGGUUAUCGAGCUCGGGUUUGACGAUUCAGACAGCAUCACCGGGUCAUCCCAGGAGAUAGACAGAAUCUCGUCACCAAAUUCACAGGUGGAGAUGUCUCACGAGCUGGCAGAGUGCGAGGUCACUUCACCUUCAAGUUCGCAAAGAAGGAAGGCUGCCAAGCGGAGGUUAGAAACUUCCGACGCGCCUCGGACGAGAUCGUUGUCGUGUCCUCCGGCUGCGAAGUCUCCAGCGUCCCCUUCACAGUCUCAUCAGCUAGCAGAUGACCUUCCAAGGAGUUUUGGAUACUCUCUGGCUCAGCGGGACAAGGAACGCUUGACAGCCGCGGAUAAAGUCGAGUCGCCAUCCAAGAGGCAGCACUUGCUCCAAGAGCGCUCUUCUUCCAUGGAAGUUGACAACGAAGUGAGUAACGAAACCAGUAGUAAAGAGGGGGGAGCUGAGGAGGAGCCAGCGUCCCCGUCGAUGGAUGAGCUUGAUCAAAGCUUGUCUCUACCAGCGGGGGAACUUCAUACAAGCACAGCAUGCGUGCAGCAAGCUUUGUCGGGGGCAACCAAGGAUGGAAACCAGGACGUGAAGAAAGAGCCGCCGAGGAAAGCAGUGAACGGGGUUGUACUCAAGCCGGUAUUCGCGAAAGGAUUUCUGGACAGGUCCGUGAGGAGAGUUUUAAACACCACCAACAGGGAGGAGCUGUCUCCUAGAGGAUCAAGCCGCGAUCAGCAGCAGCAGCAGCAGCAGCGAGAGAUCAUCACAGGAAAAGGAGACGAGGUGUCGACGAUUGAGAGAUCGAUCAACAGUGGCAGCAGCAGCAGCAGCAGCAACAGUAGUUCCAGGAAGCUGGGACGAAACGAUAGCUGUUCUUGCGGAUCACAGCGGAAGUGGAAGAAGUGCUGUGGAAUGGUGAAAGAGAUCGAGAGUAGCCGGAGGCUGGUCGCGUAAGUAGCAAAAGAAAGAAAAUUCUUCCCCGAGUUGCAAAAUUUUUGGAAUGCUAAUGUUCAUUCUUAUAUUGUUU